ACAAUUGAUGAUCGUAUCCAGAUCUUUUACGAGCCGUUCAAUGAGUCAUUCGAAGGCCGCUGGAUCGUUUCUGCCAAAGAUGAGUACAAAGGUGUGUGGAAACUAUCAAAGAGUGAGGAGCAUGAUGAUUAUGGCCUCCUAGUGAGUGAGAAAGCGAGGAAGUAUGCCCUAGUGAAAGAGCUAGAUGAGGCUGUGAGCCUUAAGGGAAGAAUUAUUGUGUUGCAGUUCGAGGUUCGGCUACAGAAGGGCCUUGAAUGUGGUGGUGCUUACUUGAAGUACCUCCGGCCACAGGAGGCUGGUUGGAAACCGGAAGGGUUUGAUAAUGAUUCUCCAUAUUCGAUUAUGUUUGGACCUGAUAAAUGUAGCACCACGAAUAGGGUUCAUUUCAUUUUUAAGCACAAGAACCCCAAGAGUGGUGAGUAUGUUGAGCAUCAUCUCAAGAACACUCCAACUGUGCCUGAUGACAAACUCACCCAUGUCUACACUGCAAUAGUGAAAGCUGAUAGUGAGGUUAGAAUUUUGGUAGAUGGGGAGGAGAAGAAGAAGGCUAGGUUCCUUUCUGCUCAAGAUUUUAAACCUGCAUUGAUUCCAACCAAGACCAUUCCUGAUCCAAAUGAUAAGAAGCCGGAGGAUUGGGACGAUCGGCCAAAGAUUCCUGAUCCAAAUGCUGUGAAGCCUGAUAAUUGGGAUGAAAGUGCUCCAAUAGAAAUUGAAGAUGAGGAGGCUGAGAAACCUGAUGGAUGGUUGGAUGAUGAGCCUCACCAGAUUGAUGACCCUGAGGCGACAAAGCCAGAGGAUUGGGAUGAUGAAGAGGAUGGUGAAUGGGAAUCACCAAUGAUGGAAAACCCUAAGUGCUCCUCAGCACCUGGUUGUGGAAAAUGGAAGAGGCCAAUGAAGAGAAAUCCUGCUUAUAAAGGAAAAUGGCACCGUCCUCUUAUUAAGAAUCCCAAUUACAAGGGUAUCUGGAAACCUCAGCAGAUCCCAAACCCUCAUUACUUUAAGACUGAUAAACCCGAGUUUGAACACAUAGCUGCCAUUGGCAUUGAGAUAUGGACAAUGCAGGAUGGCAUAUUGUUUGACAACAUUCUAAUAGCUGAUAAUGAGAAGGUUGCCGAAUCUUAUAGGAGAACAACAUGGAAGCCAAAGUUUAAUGUUGAAAAGGAAAGGCAAAGGGCUGAGGAAGCAGCUGCAGGUCUUUCAUUUGAAUUCUCGAGCAUUCAUAAGAUGAUAUUUAAUCUUCUCUACAAGAUGGCAGGUAUUUCUUUCUUGGAUGCAUACAAACCCAAGAUCAUUGAUCUAAUUGAGAAAGCAGAAAAACAGCCCAAUAUGACAACUGGUGUCAUUGUAUCCGUUGUGGUCAUUUUGUUGACAGUUCUCUACAAAAUCCUUUUUGGUGGCAGACAAGUGAAACAACCUGCGGUUGCUGCUCAUGAACGUUACAGGGGAGCGGCUGCAGAAAUUGCCACCAAUCAGGGAAGCAGAAUAAGUAGUGGAGUGAAGGCGAAUGAGACUGAGAAGGAAGAUGCUGCUCCCCGCAAGAGAUCUACCAGAAGGGAAACUUGAGCUUGCUAUAUAACUAGUCUGGAUGUAUUGCAAAAUUUUGAGAGCUUAUAUGGCCGGAUUCAUUGCUAGUAGGCUUCCAGGACCUUCUUUUCUACUUAUUUGAACACGCAACAUGAGUAUGAAUUGAAUUGUGCUGAUCCCUACUUGUGUUUUUUAGA